CGACUACGCUUGUCGUUCUCGAUCCCCCAGCCCUGCAGACGGGGUGCCAAAUACCUGCACGUGAAUUGCAGGAAGUACCACACCUGUAUGACCGACUUUACCCUCCACGAGGCGCAAUGCCCGGGCGGAACGAUGUUCAACCCGCGGUCUAAAAAGUGUGAUCUGGAGAAGUACGUGCACGAGUUCUGCUACAGAGUACGGCUUACGGAGCCCGAGCCGCCUGUGCAGAGGCGAAUCAUAACAACAACGACCACAGAGGCCCCGGAAACGACAACUCCGCCGCCGCUUUUUAACCCACCAAUUCCGUGCGAGACGAACAGUUUGUUUCCCCACGUCAACUGUACCCUCUUCUACAAGUGUGGUGACAACGGUUUUCCAUCGGUGCUGACCUGUCCCCCUUCAAGCGAACCGGUGAUCGGUACCCUCUUCUACAACGAGCGGACCAAGACUUGCGACCAAUUCAACAAUGUCCAAGAAUGCACCAUGGGCGCACAUAGAACCGUCGCCGUGAACUUGAUGAACCAGUUCAACCCCCCAUUCCCUUGUAAGAACGGAAAGACUUAUCCUCAUCCGGACUGCAAAAAGUACUACACCUGUGUGGGAGAAGUUCCCACAGAAAAGACGUGUCUUCAGCAAUUCAAAAGAAUGCACUUUACGACGAAGGGAGGGGGUUGUGUGGAUGCUACCAAAACUUUACUCAGUGGAGAGUGCAAUAAUUCGGACGAAAGACAAAUAGAUUUUCGAAAAGGAGACGGUGGCAAUAAUAACGUUGAAGAUACAAAAUAAACUUGAUAUAGGUAAUAGAAAGAGCGCAGCGUACAAAACUUAUAACUUCCAAAUAGAUCACUGACAGCUAAUUGAUUAAAAUUUUUAACUACAAAUCAAAAUUUGGUAUGAAGAACUCAUGUUGAUACCUUUAAUUCAUCAUACAGGUUACAAUAAAAUUAAAUUAUGAGUUCGUUUACAAGCAUAAUGCUGCUGUGAACUUUAAUGAUAAAACUACAUAGUACUGUGCAAAAUGUAAUAUAUACAAAUAUACACAAUAUCAACAAGCCAUUAGACGUUUUUACUUAUAGGACUAUACCCACACAUCAAAAGACAUCCAACAUGGCAAAUUCUGCAGCUUCGUCACAAAUUGUUUCUCUGCCACAGACUAUGGUUCAUCAAUAAGAAACUGCAUCACCUUCCUCAAACACUGGAUAAAGAAUAUGCAUGCUACAUGAUACUACAAGUCAUGACUGGGACACAUUUUACAUACCAUGAUGUAAUAUUUUAAACUGUUAUAGACUCUAUCAAAGAGGUUCUAAAUUCUUUAUCUUGUUGUAUUUGUCAUUGCUGACUUCAAAGCUCCUUUGGUCUUUUCCCCCCCGAGAUUCCUUCUGUGGAGAAAGUGAAUUUUCUUGAAUUUUUCACAUCUUGGGCAU